UGUCUUUUCGGUAAAAGUUCCGCGAGAAUCCGACAAGGUAUAACAGAAUAAUAUUUGGUUUACUGAGUUUCAAGCCGCUGUUGGUAUGGCUUCUGCAUCGAUGUGGUUCCUGUUGUUAUAUCUCAAUUUAUGCGCGGCAUGGAUGGAUAAGAGACCAGUUUUGGAGUCUCGAGAUGGACACCUCGUAAUCUCCAGCGCGAAGGACAGAAAUAUCACACUGAAGAUAAUGGGGAGCGGUUACGUGAACGUCAAUGAGAUCAAUCUGCUUCACGUAGCCUCGGCGGCGCAAAAUGCGACGCGGGUCAUCGACAGGUGGCGGAUGGGAUAUUUGGCCGAUAUGGAGAAUUCCCUUCAGCAACUAACGACUAUAGUGACAGGCACUACAGGCUUACAGAGAAGAGUCGCUCUGCUCGAGAGAAGUAUCGACAUGAACAAUGCGAGUCGCACAGGAAACAGAUCACGUAUACCGAAUUAUAUUCCAAUGCCGAGUAUAACCAAAAGCAACAUUCGUCGUAUCAACGUCCGACUCAAGGCAUUAGAGGACUCACUGAGAGCUAUGCAAACACUGCUCCGAGAGAACGAGUGUCAGAGUAACCCGUGUCAAAAUGGUGGCACUUGUGAAGAUCUCUAUGAUGCCUAUCAAUGUCAUUGUCCGUCAAAUUGGGAGGGCCCGAAUUGUAUGACGGACGUCAAUGAGUGCGCGAGAUUUCUUGGCACGGAUCUCGGAUGUCAAAACGGAGCGACCUGUCGUAAUUUGCCUGGAUCUUAUCGAUGCGACUGCUUGCCGGGAUGGUUUGGCCUUCAUUGUACGCAGAAAACAUCGAUUUGCAAUACAGAGAAUUCUGAAGCGCUUUGCGGCGAGCAUGGUGUAUGCGUUGCCAAAAGCAGCACUUCACUUGGAUAUACGUGCAUCUGUGAUCAAGGAUGGGAAAGCGACGGCACAAGCCCAGCUUGCACCAAGGAUGUAGACGAAUGUGCAGCGGCCCAUCCACCUUGCUCCGUAAAUCCACCGGUACCGUGUCGCAAUACACGCGGCUCAUUCACUUGCGGUGCUUGUCCGCACGGCUACAGCGGAAACGGCUAUUAUUGCACCGACAUUGAUGAGUGUCUUAUUAACAAUGGCGGCUGCAGUACCACUCCUUACGUACAAUGCAUUAACACAAUGGGUUCCAGAACAUGUGGGGCUUGUCCUCUAGGAUACCGCGGCGACGGAGUGAGUUGCAUUUUUGUCGGUGGUUGCGCCAUCAACAACGGCGGAUGCCAUCCAUUAGCUACCUGUACCGAGAAUCCAUCGCUUACAAGUUCUUAUGUGCUGUGCCGUUGCCCACCGGAUUACGUCGGUAAUGGAAUGGGACCAAACGGCUGCCAAUUAACUGAUGUAUCACUUAAUACAGCGUGUUCUCGCAACCCCUGCGUUCAUGGCACAUGCGUGCCAAACGGUGCAAAUGGCUUCACUUGCACAUGCAACUCGGGAUACUCAGGAACCACAUGUAAUAUACCGAUCGAUCCGUGCUCGCCGAAUCCUUGUCGAAAUAGCGGAAUUUGCACUGUUUUAAACGGGCAGGCAACGUGUCAAUGUACAACUAGCUUCACAGGAGCCAGGUGCGAAAUGCCACGACAAACGUGCGGCGGUGUGUUACGGAAUCCCAUGGGAACACUUCAGUAUCCCAUGGGCGGUAGCACUUACCAGCAUGGAUUGAGUUGCGCCUGGGUGUUAAUCACGGAACCCUCCAAGGUUCUGAAUGUCACCUUUACGGCUUUUAAUCUCGAGCAAUCCACAGAUUGCAAGUUUGACUUUCUACAGAUUCACGAUGGCAGAAAUGCUGGUAGUCAAAUGAUCGAUAGAUUUUGCGGUUCCACGUUGCCUAACGAAAACGGGACAAUCAUCUCGUCUCAUAACACUCUCUACUUGUGGUUCCAUUCGGACAACAGUAUAGCUCACGAUGGAUUUACUUUCCAUUGGAACAGCGUCCAUCCUGUUUGUGGAGAUGUUUUAGAAAAUAAUUACGGUACCAUUACGUCUCCAGGUUCACCUGGGAGAUAUCCUCCAAACAGAGAUUGCUUCUGGAAAAUCAUUGUCGAUCCGUCGAAAAGGAUUCAAUUCCAUUUUGGUCAGCUGAUGCUCGAGCAAAAUUGCCUGAACGACUAUUUGGAAAUUAAUGGUACAGAAGACGAACGUUUGGGACUUUUUUGUAAUCACACUCGUCCACCGCCUCUGAUUACGCCUGGUUCUGAAGCGACUGUUCAUUUUCAUUCUGACAGUUCUAAUCAAGAUGCUGGUUUCCAAAUUCAUUAUUCAAUGAUUGAAGGUAUACCUGGUUGUGGUGGAACUUAUACCAGUGCCACUGGAAUAAUCACUUCACCAGGCCACACGUUUUCGUAUCAGCCGAAUAUGGAAUGUGAAUGGAAGAUACAAUUGCCAGCAGGCGAACGAAUUCGAGCGUCAUGGUUGAAAUUUGAUCUCGAAACUUCCACUAAUUGUCAGUUUGACUUUGUCGAGAUUUACGAUGGAUCUACCACAGAGUCUCCGUUACUUGGUAGAUACUGCAGUUCGGACCUGCCGCCAGUGAUCAAGUCAAAUUCGAACAUAUUAACUGUAUUUUUCAAAUCCGAUUUCUCUUACGAAGGGGAAGGUUUCACAUUGUCGUACGAAACUUUAUGCGGCGGCGAAUUCCACGAGGAUACUGGAAUCAUCAAGUCGCCCUUCUAUCCGAGCGCUUAUCAUCACUCGCGAACGUGUAUUUACGAGAUCAUACAGCCGCCCGGCAAAGGGAUCGUACUAACUAUAGAAGACAUGGACAUCGAAGGCAGAGAUCAGAAUUGCUAUUACGAUUACGUUGAGAUUUUCGACGGUGAUAAUGAAAAUGCGACGAAACUCGCCACUCUGUGCGGCGAAGUGGAAAGCAUGCCAGAUACUCCUUACUACUCCACGCAUAAUUUCAUGUACAUAAAGUUUACCACCGAUAGCAGCAUCGACGGUCGAGGUUUCAAAGCAAAUUACACAACCAUCAAUCGUAGAUGUGGUGGAUUACUGAAGAUGCCAAACGGUAUGAUUCAGCCUCCUCUAGAAAACGGAGUUUAUGUCGAUAAUGAGGAAUGUAUCUGGACUAUUCAAGCACCGCCAGGAUACGUAAUACAACUUAGCUGGAUAUCAUUUCAUUUAGAAAACUAUGGCCAUUGUAAUAAUGAUUACGUCAACCUUUACGAGAACUUUACCUCGCCUAACGAAAACAUAAUAGCCACAUAUUGUGGUAAUACUAAACCGCCCGAAUUAACGACGCAGGAUCGUACACUUACCAUACUCUUUCACACUGAUGUAAGUGUUACAUACGAAGGAUUCGUUGCUACAUACAUUUUCAUGGAUAUGACGAAGGUCUGCGGCGGUCAUUAUUCAAAGCCAAACGGCGUUAUUAGAUCGCCCAAUUAUCCUAAUCAUUAUCCGAGCAACAAGGAGUGCGUUUGGAUUAUCGAAGCGCAAAACAGACAUAGAAUUAUUCUCACGGUCGAGCAUUUUGAAUUGGAAAGACAAAUGACUUGCACAUUCGAUUACUUAGAAAUUAGAAACGGUGGCUACGACUCAUCGCCUUUAAUCGGCACAUUUUGUGGCACAGACAUACCUACUGAAAUACCAAGUCAAGCGAAUCAAAUGUAUAUUAAAUUCGUUUCGGAUUUCUCGAGAUCAAUGCAAGGUUUCGAAAUACGGUGGGACAGCACGACGCAAGGAUGUGGUAGCACAAUGACCGCAGUAACUGGGGAUAUUACAUCUCCAAAUUAUCCUGAGCCUUAUUCAAUGAACGCGGAUUGCUAUUGGAAGAUCGCUGUGGCAGCGGGUAGUUUAGUGCAGGUUACAAUAGUGGAUCUUGAUCUUGAGCAACACGAAAAAUGCCGGUAUGACUUUAUCGAAAUAUAUGAAGGCAUCAAUCAUCGCUCAAAUGGAAGACGUUAUUGCGGUAGCACGUAUCCGAAGAUUAUUCAAUCCAAAUCCAAUCAAAUGACCGUCCGGUUUCGUAGUGAUUUCAGUAAUUCUGGCCGCGGUUUUCAUCUGAACUACGAAACGCAAUGCCAAAACAAAUUACGUGGCUACUACGGUGUGAUAGAGUCCCCGAAUUUCCCCAAUAGAUACGAGCACUCAGCUAACUGCAGUUGGACUAUCGAAGCCCCAAUUGGUAACACGAUUAAUUUGACUUUCUCGCACUUUGAUCUCGAAGGAAGAACAGAGCAGUUUCCGCCGUGCGAAUACGACUAUCUGCAAAUCAUGGAAGGGGAGAAUGAUACUCCCAACAACGAUUUGGGAAAAUUCUGUGGAACUAUCGAUCUCCCAAUGAAAAUUAAUUCAACGCAACAUCAAGUGUUUAUAACGUUUGUUACGGACUCCUUUAUUGCCUUCAACGGUUUCCGGCUCGAAUGGACGGUAUAUGGUUGCGGCGGGCAUUUGACGAAACCGUAUGAUAAUUUCACGUCGCCUGGAUAUCCUUCAGUUUAUCCGACAUAUAUUGACUGCGAAUGGCUGAUCGAAGUGGAUUACAUGCACAGCGUCGAGAUCACAUUUUAUGAAGUUAACACUGACAAGCGUUUAAAUCAUCUGUGUGGCGAAAAUUUCUACGAUAAACUCCAAAUUUAUGAGGGCGAAGACGCAGAUGCGCCGAAAUUGGCCGAGAUUUGUCAGUCGAAGAAGCCAGUGACGUACACUAGUCCAGGAAACAAAAUAUUUGUCAAGUUUCACUCGGAUCCAAUGUACGCCGGUCGAGGAUUCAAUGCCAGCUAUAAGAGAGUCCCCAUCGGAUGCGGUGGUAAAUUUACAACAAUCUCGGGCGUCAUUCACUCGGCUAAUUAUCCACAGAAUUAUCCGCACACUCAGAAUUGCGAAUGGCUGCUAGAGGUCGACAGCAAUCACCUCGUGAAUCUCACGUUCCUGGACUUUGAUGUUGAGAACAGUAGAAAUUGCAGUGACGAUUACGUCAAGAUCUUUGACGGCCCGACGAAAGAUGACCCGUUACUGGGAGCACAUUGCAGUAAUCAGCUACCGCCGACUUACAUUUCGAGUAGUAAUCAAAUGUUAGUAGUUAUGCGGAGCGAUAGUAUUAUUUCAGCCAAAGGUUUCAAAGCUCAAUACAAGAGAGCCUGCGGUGCUCGUAUAAUUGUGAAGGAUCACGGUUUCGUUACACCCCCGACGGGCGCUUCCCCUGAUAUAGUUGACGAGACUAAUUGUACAUGGACAUUGAUAGCUGAAAAUCCAGACGACCACGUAACAGUUACUUUCACGCAUUUUGAGAUCAGUCCGUCUAACACCCGAUUCGUGAGACUGCCAAAUUCUUGUCUUUGGCUCUCCCUCCAGGUAUUCGAGGGUGAGGGCAUAGAUGGACCGCUUUUAGGGAAAUGGUGCAACAACGUUGCGCCACCACCGAUUACAAGUACCGGAAGCUCGAUCACGUUACAUCUACACGUGGUCCACGAGUUCUAUGGUCACUUUGUCGCUAUGUAUUCCGUCCUGAAUACAGCUUGCGGCGGAAACUACACAUCCGAACAAGGAAUAAUCACCUCGCCUAGUUAUCCAAACAGCUAUCCCUUGAACGCAGAAUGCGUUUGGAUUCUGAAUACCUCCCCCGGUAACAAGAUUACUCUUGGGUUCUCCGAGUUCGAUGUCGAGUCGAGCGAAAACUGCGAUAUGGACUAUCUCGAGAUACGGGAGGAUAGCGGAAUUGGAAAGCUUAUUAGCGUUUCUUGCGGCACAGAUGUCGCGGAAAUUACAUCCUCCAGCAAACUGUGGAUCAAGUUUAAGAGCGAUGGUUCAGGCACUGCUAGGGGUUUCAAGGCUGAAUAUAAUCUCAUCGGAGGGAACGAACUGGAAGGACCUAUGGGACGCAUUACCUCGCCGUUGUAUCCAAUACCGUAUAAGCGAACUGCUACGUUCUCAUGGCGCAUCACUGUUGAAAUGAAUUCGAUUAUACGUGUCAAAUUUACAGAUUUGCAAACAGAAACAUAUGGCUACUCUGUGCCAGAUAGCAUCUCCAAUUUUAUUAAACUAUAUGAUGGAUAUGAUAAUGAAGCACCACUUCUACAAAAAGUAAACGGUGUUACUUUGCCAGAUCCGAUAUAUUCAUCCAGCAAUGUGAUGUACAUUAUAAUGAAAACACACCUUCUCAGUCAGGGAAAUUAUUUUGAUCUCACAUGGCUUCAAAUGCCAAGAAAUGUUUCCGAAGGGGGUAACAAGUAGAUUAAAUUGUCGGAGUGCAACAAGGAAAUAGCUUUGAUGAGCGACCGCAACAUGACGUACACCUUCAGUUCUCCUGGUUGGCCGACCGGCUAUGGUCCCAAUUUACAUUGCAAUUGGGUUUUCACAUCGCCACCUGGAACACAUUUGGUAUUGAACAUAAUGAUCAUGGAUUUGGAAGAAACUAGUAAUUGCGUAGCGGAUUCGGUUACCGUCUAUUCAGGAAACGCAUUGACAUCGACAACCGAUGCUCGUCUGGAAAGUAAAUUAUGCCUGGCGAACUCCAGUAUGUCCAGAAUCAGCGGAACCAAUGUGAUGACAGUGAAAUUCGAUUCGGACGCGUUCGACAAUAAAACCGGCUUCAACGCAUAUGUAUAUCGAGAUUGCGGAGGUCAAUUAACUGGCCCGAACGGCAUAAUUGAAUAUGACAAUUCUUCUUCCAUGAGAGCGAUUCCUUCGUGGCAUUUUUCAUGCGAGUGGACCGUGACAGUGAGACCCGGCAGAACUAUCAAAGUUCACAUUACCGAAAUGUCAAUACAGGAAAUGCCCGAUCAUACAUGCAUUAAUAAUUAUUUGAUGUUAAAAAAUGGAGACGGAAUGCUCUCGCCUUUGUUAGGCAACGGAAAGUAUUGUGGUGAAGUGACACCAGCGGAACUAGAAACCACCGGAAAUCGUGUUUACAUUAAAGCUGUUGGCAGUGGCCUUCAGUUUCGUUUUAAGCUCGAUUAUAGAGAAGUAAGCAUGAGCUGUGGCGGCGAGUUCAUCUUAACAAGCACGCAGAAGAAAUGGGAGAUCACAUCGCCCAAUUAUCCAAACAUCCCUCCAACUUAUGCCGAAUGUGUUUGGAAAGCUACUGCUCCAGCUGGUGAAUGGCUCACAAUCCAUUUCUUGGAGAGAUUCGAUUUGACCUCGUCCGAAAAUUGCGACAGAGAAUAUGUCGAGGUAAGAGAUGGUGGAACCGAUGGCUCGCUACUGAUGGGAAAAUUCUGUAAAGAUGUAGCACCCAGUAGUAUGACUACUAAAGGUAACAUGAUGUACGUCCACUUUUACACGGAUACGCCAGAACCUAAGAAUGGUUUCAAAGCUGUAAUUACUGCAGGAGAGGUCUGUGGCGGAAUUUUGCGCGCUACUACAGGCGUCAUUGAAUCUCCGUAUUAUCCGCAUCCGUAUCCCGCAAAUCAGAACUGCUCAUGGAUGAUAAUAGCACCGACGGAUCAUAACUUGAAAUUAGAAUUCCGCGAUAUACAACUUCCUGGCUUCCGUCGAUGCCAUUCGACUGAUCAUGUUGUUAUUGGUGAAAAACUUAAAGAAAACGACACUAUUUCAAUAAUCGAUACUUAUUGCGGUCUUCAAAAACCGGAUGUAAUCGAAACAUCGUCAAAUGAAGCGUAUGUGCACUUCCAAAGUGACAACAGAGAAUUCGUUAAUUACAAAGGUUUCAGUCUAAACUUCACUGCUAGCCAAGAAACAUGCGGUGGUUCAUUUACCGCACUGAGUGGAAUAAUUAAAUCACCCGGAUAUCCUAAUCCGCGCACAAGAUCAAGAUAUUGCGAGUGGCGGAUUGAGUUACCGAUUGGUUAUCAAGUUGUAGUGAAUAUUUUAGAUGUAGAUAUUAGUGAUUCUGGAAUUGCACGCACACAGUAUACACUUUCGUUUUAUAACGAUUUACGGUUCAAAUCGAAGAUCAAAAGCUUAGGCCAAGGCGCUAGUGUACAAGAAAUAAGGAGCUCCAGUAAUACUAUGCUUAUUGCCUAUUGGGCCUCCCUCGGACAUCGAGGUUUCAAACUUCAGUAUACGUCUGAAGCUCCGGCUCCUUGUGGUGGCAGUCUGAGAGAAAUUGAAGGCAAUUUAACAGCUCCUACAAGCCCACCUUUCAAUCAAUCUUCGUACGUUUGCCACUGGAAAUUGGAACCACCCGAAAAUAUGAUCGCUUCCGGGGAUAAUCGCUUUACAAUGACAAUAAAAGUCACUGCUGUUUUUCUUGGCGGAUUGGUUAGAAGUAGUUGCAUCUAUCCUCAGUAUAUUGAACUUCAGGGUAUUGGAAAAUUGUGUGAAAAUAUGACAGAACCGAGAUAUUUAAGAAGUCCGAAAUUAAUCAACGAAUUAACGCUAAUGAAUGGUACUUAUUAUGGAUUAAAACCCAUAAUGGAUGUCAAUUUACAAUAUCAAUGGCAACCUUGUGGUGGUAUUUUGCGAGAAAGUUAUACUAUCGAAUCACCAACGAACAUUUCCUAUCCUAUAAAUUGCGCUUGGCAUGUAGAUUAUCCUGAAGGAGAAACGAUCAAUCUCUCUUUCACUAAACUUCAACUUGAAAAUAACUGCGAUCAGAAUUACAUCAUUGUCAAGAAUGGCGGACCGACAUCACCGCAGGUUCUAAAGCUCUGUGUUCAUGCCACAAGUCAACUUGAAAAAUAUAGCGUUAACAGUAUUUCGAAUCAGCUGUGGAUAGAAUAUUUCGCUUCGAGCGGUUCAGGCAGCUUCGAGAUCGAGGUGAAGGUUGCCACCACAGGCUGCGGUGGAUCCUUACACGGAAGCAGCCGCGAAAUCGCAUCUCCGGGAUUCCCCGCACAAUAUCCGAACAAUGGCGAGUGUACGUGGGAGAUAAUAGGCGACAAUGGCUAUCACAUAGGUUUAACCUUCGUCGACCGGUUCAGCCUGGAAAGUAGUUCCAAUUGCGAGAAAGAUUAUGUGCAGAUAUUUGAUUGGCUCAGAGAAGAAGGAAAUUAUGAUAAUGGCGAAUGGAAAAGUCUCGGAAAAGUUUGCGGCAGGGAUACACAAAAGCCUUUUAACUCGACGUCAAAUCGCAUGAAGGUGAUUUUCCAUUCGAACGAGGCAGUACAGUCGGAUGGUUUUCGUGCCGUCUGGAACGAGAAUUGCGGUGGUGUUUUUCAGGCGACCGAGAAAAUUAACAUCAUCCAAUCGCCGUCGUAUCCAUCUUUCUAUCCACCCAGUGUUGUCUGUAAUUACACCAUCGUCGCGCCAAAGGAUGACAUCAUCGUCGAGUUCACCGAUUUUCAGCUUGAGCGAGACCGCAGACGACAUUGUAGCUUUGACAACGUCACUGUCAUAUCGGAAAAUAUAUACAUGACGGAGGAUGUGGAAACUUAUUGUGGCAUCAACAAACCACCACUUUUGAGAUCCACUUCACGGAUAGUGAUUGUCUUUAUGACGGACAAAUAUGUGCAGCGAAACGGUUUCCAGUUUAAAUAUUUCCUCAAUAAAUGCGGUGGUAUAAUCACACAGCCUGCCGAGCUUAAGCCUUUGAUGCAUGGAGAGGAAUAUUUUGGACGUAUGAAUUGCACUUGGAUUAUUAAAGCACCGCAAGGGAAGAGUAUACUUGUGCGCUUCGAGAAGUUCAUUCUAGAGUUUAGUACUAGUUGUUAUUUCGACAACGUCGCCGUUUACGAGGGUGAUACCGUUAGUCAUGACAAGCGAAUUGCUCUGAUUUGCGGUAACCUGACUGGUAAUUUACCAACAUUUAAAUCCGAUUCCAAUUCUAUGGUCGUUAACUUUAAUGCCGAUAAUUCGAGGCAUUUCGAAGGUUUUACAGCCAAGGUGCUGUUCACGACAAAUCCAGAAGGCGGUUGCGGAGGAUUAGUCAAUUUAACGUCGAUUCGAUCUAAAUCGUUCAGAACUCAACAGGCGGCGACUUAUCAACCAUUUGAAGAAUGUCAUUGGACUGUAGUAACAUCACCGGCCAAAACUAUAAUGUUUACAAUUAAUAGCAUAGAUAUUAAGAAUUCAAUUAAUAAUAUCACUCAACAUGAUAAAUGCAACGGUGAUUAUCUCGAGGUUCGAGAUGGCGGUGGACCUUAUGCCGAACUUAUUGGUCAAUUUUGCGGGCAUUCAGUGCCAUCUCCCAUAACGUCUACUUCAAACCAAAUGUGGAUUAGAUUUUAUACUGACGGCACUACUGAGGGUGCCGGUGUAACAGCCACAUUGGAUACUAAUGACGCAUUGUGCGGUUUAGGUACUCGAUUAGUAAACGAGACAACUCAUGUACUUACUUCGCCGAAUUAUCCAAAUACACAUUUAGCUGGAACUAAGUGUCGCUGGACCUUGAAAUUGGCCAAUGAAUACAGUGAUAGAAUGCGAAUUCGAUUUAUAGAUUUUGAUUUGGCGGAUUCCGACAAGUGUGAACAUGAGUAUUUAGAAAUUACUGAGCAUAAAAAAUACAUCAAUGAAGGAUUUGGAACAAACUUUAUUUAUAGUGGCAUAAGAACCCAUCCAAUUACCGUCGAGAUGGGUAGCCGUUUACCUUAUGCCUCGUACAGGUAUUGCGGCAGCGAAUUACCACACGAGUAUUACAGUUACAGUAACGAAGUCAAAGUGACAUUUAGAUCGUUGUCCAACGACCACAAGGGCUUUAAGCUGGGAUACAGUAAAGCGAAUUGCGAUCGAAAUUACACGAGCGAGCAGGGACGAAUCGUUCACAACGAAUUUACAAGCUGCACGAUCACGAUCACCGCCCCGGCAAACCAUACCAUUUCUCUGUACUUCAAUCAUUUCAGCAUUUACGACGCAGAGCAGUGCACGCGCAAUGCGUUGCAAGUACGCGAGGGUGACUCAAGUGGACCGCUUAUAACGACGUUGUGCAGCACGGCGACGCCAAGCCCGAUUUUCAGUACCGGCAACAAACUCACUUUGCACUCCUGGACCGAGAGCGCCAGCUCUUAUCAAAGUUACGACAUCAUUUACACAACCACGGAUGCAGGUCGUGGUUGCGGAGGGCGUAUAUUCAACUACGGUGGCAGAUUCACCUCGCCGUUGUAUCCUAAUACGUAUCGCAACAAUACCGUGUGCACUUGGGACGUGAGCGUACCGCGAGGCUUCAAGAUCAUUCUCGAGUUUCUUGUAUUUGACAUCGGCACGAGGAAGAACUGCGGCGGCAAUAAUCUCAAAGUUUACGACGUUGUCCCCAGCGGAGAACUUUUACAUAGCACUUACUGCGGUGGGGAUGAUCCAGCGAGACUCGAAAUUGAUACCAAUCGAAUUCUUGUUAAAUAUACUUCGACAGUUAAUAAUAUUGGAUCGGGAUGGGUUAUUGUAUUCAUGGCACAAUCGACUGUGCAUCCCAUCGACAUAAUGGACGGUUGGUAAAGGAGACAUCAAGACUGCAAAAAGUAACGUUUUUAAAUAUAUAAUUUAGUGACAAAAACAUCCUAAAAUUUAUGUGUAAUUUACUGUAGAUAGACGAAAUAAAUAAAUUUGUCUGUUA